GCCUGCGAGAGAAAGACCUACACGUCAAUUGCCCGGGGCCAGGAGGUGUUCUCUCUCUCACAGUGUGCGGCUACUGAGGAGCUAUUGGUCUGCGCAGACGAAAAAGCUCUCUGCCACACCUUGGUCAGAGAUGGCAGCACUCCAGAUAUCGGCCCGGUACCAUAUCUUGUGGGGCUUAGAUGGGAAGAUGUCUGGGGGUGUGAGACGAAGCGGAUGCGCUACUGCAGGGACACUUGUCGAACUUCAUCCAUGGAACGCGGUCGACACCUUAACAGGUGCUUUGCUGGAAGCAGGGGGUGGUCUACCAAGCGAUGCACGUGCACUGAGCCGUGUAGGAGGAUCAGGGAGGCGCAGAAGCGGGAGCAGCAACUGGCAAGGAUGGGGGGAAAUGAUGGCGACGACGGCAAGAGGGAGAGGAGGGGAAAUGGCUGCAAGUGCGAGCGGCAGAUGGAAUAUCUAUGCGGACGAUGACGAUGAAGAUGAAGAUGAAGAUGAUGACGAUUCUGAGAUCAACAAUGCUGCGAAGCUCCGCAGAAGGGAGGUGGGGAAAUCGGGCGGGAAAAAAACGGUCCGAAGUUCAAAAAAAGGCGGGAAAGAGUGGGAAGUCGGAAAAGCCGAUAACCCCCAAAGCAGAUCAAAGAUUACGGAGUUGACGUCAACAAAAAAUCGAGGGGCUGAGGAGGAGGAGGAGGAGGAGGAGGAGGAGGACCAUGAAAUGACGACGCAGCGAGAAGUUUACGUGGUUGACGUCAACAAAAAAUCACAGAAGAGCAGCGGGGGUGCAGGCUCUGAUGGUAGGCGGAUGGGGGGGAAAUCGCGGCGGAGCGGCAGUGGUGGGGAAUCGUGGGGAGAGGAGGGAGGGGAUGUGGAGGUGGUGGUGGGCACAAGUUAUGGGGGGUGGGGGGCGGGGAACGCUUUCAGCGGCAGUGAGAGCAACAACAGCGGCGGAUACGAAAGUUUUCAGCAGAGCUGGUUAGUGGAGGAGGAAGACGGGGAUCCCGAUUGGGAUGACGAGGCAGAGGUCGGGAGAGGGUAUCGGUACUCAGAUGUGCUCGGCGACCUGACAAUCGAGAGGAAGACUACCGUCGGCGAUCCAGAGGAAGAUUAUGAUGAGCAUGAAGAUUAUAGUGAUGUCUGGGACCGUGAGCGAAACAAGCACUUUCGAGAGAUUGGGCUUGUGGAUUGGGAGGAGUUGACCUUUGACCCAAGUCCUCUUGUCGUUUGCGCCUUCUCGAGAUGGUGCAGGCCCUGCUCUGUCGUGUGUGACCAUCUGGAGGAGGCAGCUGAGAAAAUCUGGGAACAAGGGAAGUUUCGACUAAGGGCUGUGAAGCUGGAGAUUAAUAAAGAGCCAGACCUUUCCACGGCCCUGAAGGCGCGUACACAUCCUACCUUAUAUUUUAUCGAGGACGGGAGAGUCUUGCAUAAGCUGGAAGUCGACGAAGGUGACGAAGCGAGUUUGCCGACGUCAGAUGACAUCCUGCAAUGUGCAGCCUAUUUCUUCUACGGGGGCCCAAAGCCAGAGGUUCUGGUUCAGAAAGUGGGCCAAUCGCCCCGAGGGCGGCCACCAAAACCACAAGCUCGCAGAACGAUCAGUGAAGAAGCGGAGCAUCGCGGAGGUAUCAAGGGAGAAGAGGGGAGAAGGCGGCGACGUCGGUAUCUGUAUGUUGCACCGGAAGCCCGACAACGCACCCAAAACAAAGAAGACGAUAGUGACCUUUUCAAUAUCGAUGAAAACACGCCUGUCGAGGACAUAGACUCAAUACUGGCCAGCACAGACUACCGAGUCUAAGGGCCAAAAAAGUGUAGCCUGUGUAUAGGCGUAUAGAAAGACCUACAAAUGACUCGACACUGGUUUAUCUGCUUGUUCCUCGUCUUCCCUCCAUCCAUUUUUGGCAAGUCGCUUCUUUGCAAUCCCUAUUCGGCUUGUGUUUGAAAGUUCGAGACCAGCCAAGCUGUGCCUUAACAUGAUUCGCAGCACACGUGGCACCCGCACCACCCGUUGGUGGGCGGGGUGAACUUCGCGUCUUUAGCCAGAUCGAACCUGGAGUUCAGUCAUCUUCCUGCAAUGCCUGGCCACCUGCAGCGACAACUUCCGCCUGCACUGCUGAGGAUCUGCAGUGGUAUGCGUGCCUGCCUGCAAAACCUGAGCGCCUCCAGCGUCCGCGUUAUGCCUGCUUGCCUGCCUGCAAAACCUGAGCGCCUGUAGCGUCAGCGUUAUGCCUGCCUGCCUGCAAAACCUGAGCACCUGCAGCGUCAGCGUUAUGCCUGCCUGCCUGCAAAACCUGAGCACCUGCAGUGUCAGCGUUAUGCCUGCCUGCCUGCAAAACCUGAGCACCUGCAGUCUCUGUGUUAUGCCUGCCUGCCUGCAAAACCUGAGCACCUGCAGUCUCAGUGUUAUGCUGGCCUGCCUGCAAAACCUGAAAACCUGCAGUGGCAGAGUGUGCCUGCAAAAAACAAUUGCCUGCAGUGUUUUGCAUCAGCAGCAUCUGGCUGGAUUCCUUUGAUCAGAUGAGUCUACUUGCAAGGGGUUGUUGUGCCCGCGUUAUGUGGACUCUCCACCCGCUGUGAGUGGUGCUGUUUGUAGAGGCCCUAUGCUGGCUGCUUUUGGAUUGAAGUCAAGACAUUGAGGAGGUGAUUUUGUGCAACUCAUACGCAGAGAGUCUAUAUAUAGAUGAAGAGUGUCUAUAUAUAGAUGCACAUCCAUGAAGAGUGUCUAUAUAUAGAUGUGCAUCCAUUGUGGUUGUGGUCCUGUCGGCCAUGUUCUGUGGGCUAUGGUCCUGUUGGCUAUGUUCGGUGGGCAGGAUAUUGUGGCUAUGGUCCUGUUGGCAGUGCAUCCAUGAAGAGUGUCUAUAUAUCGGCCGGCGAGUGUGUUGCCUGUAGACGUUUCAUGAUGACCUUUCUUCGGAUUGCAAUGAAGAUAGGAUCUGCUUUGGCUCUUGCAGAGACGUGUUCAGUGGAAGGAUAUAUUGGGUAUGACUAUGGUGCAAAGCGCUAUCUAUCUAUCUAUCUCUCUCUCUCUCUAUAUAUAUAUCGUCAUAUAGGCUAUCUAUCUAUCUAUCUCUAUAUAUAUAUAUAUAUCGUCAUAUAGGCUUUCCUUCAGCACCUGGGUCAUCUGUACAGAUUUCAACUUUUUUGUGUGAACUUUUCUUAUUUUCGCCGGAGGGGUACACGCCGUUUCCGUCCAGUUUUCUUUCUGGGCGUUUUUUGCAGAAACAAAGGUCGAUAGUGAAUUUGAGAAUUUUUUGAUGCGUUUGCCGGCCAAUCCAUUCAGGAUUACCAGAGCACCCUUAGAAGGGGCAGGCGUUUGCGAAAUGAACCCCUCACCCCCGC